GGUGCACUAGAAAUGCAGGAACAUGACUGUCUUUAGUUGUAAAAUACUACAAGAACCAACAUUGCAUUGAAUAUGUCAACGCUUAAGUCAUAUGUAAUUUAGUUAGUAAGCCAACGUCGAUUGCAUGCGGUCACCUUCGAGUUGACUUCCAUUAUAUCAACUAUUUUAUGUAAAUCAAAUCAUUGACAACUAUUUUAUGUCAAACCGCCCUUUCUAACAUAUAUUAUUAUUAUAUCAUCAUUGAAACGAAUAUUCUUUCCUACAAAACGCCUCUUCAAAUGUGGAUGAGAUUCUGAUAGUAUAUGAUUCAUAAUAUCACAAUCUGUUCCUGCUGAUUCUUAAUAUUUGAAGUAUAUCAUAUCUUUGAGUGUUACGUUAAAACAACUUGGAAAGUAAGAGUAUGAUUAACCCGGAUUUUUAAUUUAGAAUUUUUAAUUCAUAACACUUUUUUGUUUUUUAUACACUUUUCGAUUAAAAAUCGGUAUUUAUAUCUCUUAUUUAAGAGCCGGCUCUUAGCUUUCUUAGUUAAAAGCUAAGAAACAGUUCUUAAUCGAAGUUAAGAACUCCAUCCUAAAAACUAAUCAUGGUCUAAGAAUCACGCUGGCUUAACUAAAAACUAAAACAUAACUACUAAUUCAUGGUUACUUUUAUGACACAGACAAAAGUUAAGAUUCAAAUGUUUCUACUGUGAUUUCAAUCAUAAUUAAUUAUUAUUAAUGUUGUAAACUGUAAAAAUAAACAGUAUGUUAUUAGUCUGAUAUAUUAUAUUAUGAAAAAGGAAAGAUAACAUGUAUGAUUUAUGAUUUCUGUUAUGAAAAAAGAAAGAUAACAUAUACUGUAUGAUUUAUGAAAUGGUUUGUGAAACAAUUGGAAUAUUUUCUUAAGAAAAUGUUUAAAUUAACACUAAUUCAUUUCGAUUAAUUACUAGACUAACACCAAUAAAAGCUUACUAAAUAUCCCAUGUUUUUGGUUAAAUACAUAAUAUCCAAUAAAAUCAGAAAUAAACCAGUAAUACAAUAACGAGUUUGUCUGUGUCAUAAUUAAUUUUCUCUAUUGUUGGUAACACUCACAAUAGAGGAACUAUAUCUGGAAAUAUUACUUGUCAUUUACCACUCAAAUAUUAUUAGGCCGUUGCUUCGUUUAGAAGUCAUAUAGUAUGAGUUAAGAUUAAACAUUCGCAAGCAAUUAGCUUGUAAACUUUCCAAUAAACCAAGUUGCAGAAUAAAAAUGUAAGAACAACCAUAUUUUGGGAAACACUCAAAACACUAAUGAGGAAAUUUAUUGAGGAGACAAGAUAUCAUCUUGAGGUUUGAGAGAUGAGGAUUUGGGUAGGCUAAGAAAAUCCCAGAAGACAUGGAAAACUCUCAUGCUUCGAUACCUCCCUAGUCCCAGUUCCAAAUUACAUUUGACAAUUUAAAACAUUAAACUAUCAUAGAAUACUCCAUAUAUAUAUGUCAUAUUCUACAUAUAAUAAUUCAUGUCAUAAGGGAAACUGUUUUAGAAAGAAUUUAAAAGUCAAGAUCGUUGACCUUUUAAUGGCCUAUAUAAACACAUCAUAGUUUCAACAUUCAACAGACAGAAAAACAUUGGGACUAUAGAGAGAGAAGGAGAAACAAAAGUAAAAGAGACAUGAGGAGUGACAUGGCACGUCUCAGGUGUGGGAAGACGAUUCCAUUGCUCGGAAUGGGGACUUAUUGUCCUAAAAAAGAUCAAGAGAGCACCAUCUCAGCCGUUCAUCAAGCCAUCAAGAUAGGGUAUAGACAUUUUGACACGGCAAAGAUAUAUGGAUCAGAAGAAGCUCUAGGAACUGCAUUGGGUCAAGCUAUCUCUUGCGGAUCUGUCCAAAGAGAAGAUAUCUUUGUCACUUCAAAGUUAUGGUCUAGCGAUCACCAUGACCCAAUCUCUGCCCUCACACAAACUCUUAAGACAAUGGGGCUAGAGUAUCUAGACAGUUACUUGGUGCAUUGGCCAAUAAAGCUAAAACCAGGAGUGAGUGAGCCUGUCCCCAAGGAAGACGAGUUUGAGAAACAUUUGGGGAUUGAAGAAACAUGGCAAGGCAUGGAGAGAUGCUUGGAGAUGGGUUUGUGUAGAUCCAUUGGUGUUAGCAACUUCUCUUCUAAAAAGAUCUAUGAUCUCCUCGAUUUUGCUUCUGUUUCUCCUUCAGUUAACCAGGUGGAGAUGCAUCCAUUGUGGAGACAAAGCAAACUAAGGGAAGUGUGUGAAGAGAACAAGAUCCAUGUAAGUGGAUACUCACCACUUGGUGCGCCAGGGAAUUGUUGGGGGUCAACAGCUGUGAUUGAACAUCCUGUAAUCAAAUCCAUUGCCCUCAGGCAUAAUGCCACCCCAGCUCAGGUGGCUUUAAGGUGGGGAAUGUCAAAAGGGGCAAGUGUGAUAGUGAAGAGUUUUAAUGGAGCAAGAAUGAGAGAAAACAAGAGAGCCUUAGAGAUUAAAUUGGAUGAUCAAGACUUGUUACUUAUCGACCAAUUGGAGGAGUGGAAGCUCAUGAGAGGAGAUUUCCUUGUUAAUCAAACCACAAGCCCUUACAAAUCCAUUGAACAACUUUGGGACAAUGAGAUAUAAUUGAUUAGGGCUUCACAUUAUUCCAUCCAAAAUGUAAUUUCGUCUUCAUAUCUGUUGCUUAUGAUCAUCCUUUUUCCUUUGGUAUAUAAAGUUUUUACAACAUGAUUGUUCUAUAAUAUAUCCUUAAAAAAUAAAACUUAUGUAACUUAGUAAAAGCUCUGCUGUUGUGUCACAAAUACAAUUAUACAUUGAUGCAUCCAGAUUCUUGUAAACAUAAGAACUACUAUACGAGUAUUUAAGACUGAAAUUUGUAUUUUGUUUUAUUUGCAAACCUAGUUUCAUGUUUAGUAAUUCAACAAUAGAUGACAUGGUGGUAUUAGAAAUAUAUUUUGUUUCGUUCUUUCGAAGAUUGAUAAAAAUGAAAUUACAUGGCAUAAUCGAGAAAUAGAAAAUGUGGCUUUUCUAUGGAAAGAUAGCCACGAAGAGAGAUCUUCAGAUCUAGAAAAUCUCCCAAAAACACUGUGUGCUGUUUUUAAUCUUCCAAAACAACAUGGCGUCGGCUAAUAUUUUUGUUUUGAUAGAUAAUUAAAACUCAUCAUUUUCAUUAUGUCUAAAUUCCAAACGACAUACAUUACUUUAAGCCGAGUGGAGUGACUAUCGAGGUGAAUUGAUGUGUAUUUUUUCAAUUGAAGAUUUUGUUGCAAACAAAUAAAGAAUUAGGUUUCUUUACAAAACAUCCAAAAACAAAAAACAAAUUCGAUGAAAGAGUGUAAUUAUAAAGAAGUUUGUUUUAGAGCUCAUCUCAUAUCAUUCUUAAUAUAUUGCAAAUCUCUGUCUUAGUGACGACAACGUAUUCUCUUUAACUUGCACAUAGAAAUUUUGAACUGAGAAAGGAUGUCGAAGAGAUGAACAGUAGAUUUGAUCUGCUCAAAGUAUCGGUGCAGCAGGUUGAUAUGUGGUGGUUUUUGUGUUUAGUUAUUCCAGAAUUGAAUAAAAAAUGAUAUCCUUUCCAUUGAUCAUUCUUUCACUGAAUAAAUCUUUACUUAGUUGUUACAUUUUCUCAGUAGUUUUUGUAUCAGCAGCACACUUUUUGUUUGUGUAUAUCUUGUAUAAGUCGAGAGUCUGGAUGCUAUGUCCUUAUAAGUUCAUAUGUAAUAGACGUAUAGUAAUUCUAUGUAGAGCAGUUUUUAAGCGUUAUAAAUUACAAUAUUGAUCACUAACACAUGAACAAAGAUAAUAUUUUGUUUUCUAUGCUGUCUAUAUCUCAUUUCUAGUUGUAUUAUUCUUUCUAGUAAAUUGUCUAUUUUCCCAUUUCUAAUGUACCGUCAUUCUUAAAAGUGAAACACAAAUAGAAAACUAAUCCUUUAUAUACUAAAGUGCAAGUCGCACGUCCAAUCACAUGGCACAUGUUUUACAAAAUCCAUAAAAUCAAAAUGAUAAAAAGUUUCUUUAUCGUAAAUAUAUCUGUAACUGUCAAGAAAUACAAAUUCCUAUUUUUUUCUCAAAACUAUCACACUAUAACACGUUCAACAAUGAAUUAUAUAACUUCUCAUCAUCUUGACUGUCUCAUCUUCUAUAUCCUAUCAACUGGUUGUCUAUAAUUUCUGGGUCUUCUUCUUUAUCAUUUUUUAUGUUGUCUUCCAGUGUUGCAAAGCACAGUGACAAAAGUUUAUGAUUAUUUAUUUCAAAUUCAUCUUCUCUAUUCCUAAAAGGUAUUCUAUUUACUUCAAAUUCAUCUUCUCUAUUCCUAAUAAUCACGUCUAUGUAAUCUCUUGGAGACAUAGAUUUCGUCUCUUUCUGAUUCAAAUUUACAAGGAAGGACUGGUGUGUUAAAGCAACGAGUUCAACAAGAAGAAUCUGUUCUUUUUUUUGAGCAUUAGUUUUGUUUGACACUAAAUUGUUUUGUUUUAACUAUUUGAUUUCUAAUUUCAGGAAGUGUUUGUCGUUGGAAGAGAAGCUUUCAAGAGAGUUCAUGGACUCUGAACUUUCAACGUGCAAUUGAUAGGUAACCCACAAUUUUUGUGGACAUUUACAUGAUCUUUUUUUUUUGAGUAAACUUUGUAGAUAUCAUAUUCGCUAUAAAAUAAACAUGAAGUAAACCAGAAAAACUUCAAACUAAUAUUUGAAUCCACUAAACUAACUAAAAUUAAAGAAAGUUUUAAAACUAAUCUAAUUUAAUUUUAUGUGUUUUGGUUAAUCAGUAAUAAGUGUGUCAAUGGUUUGUUAAUGUAUACACAUUACUUAUGAUAAAUCAGAGCUAUUUUGUACCAGCAAUUUUAGUUAUAUAUAACUGAAACUUGGUCUUACAUGCAAGCGAAAAUACACCCGUACGAAGUACGGGAUCAAUACUAGUGUAAGGUAAACCAUAUGUUUCACUUUGUGACAUUGAGGUGCAGGCCUCAUCUACUACGAUUGCAUCUUCGUAGAGACUAACAAACCAUGAGUAAUCUGAUAUAAACACUCGGCAACAAGUCCGAGGAAUCAUCUCUUUCCAUAGGAAGAGGGAAUGGUGGUAACCCAUUAAGGAGCCAGAUAAUGGGUUAACCAUAAUCAACUUCUUAGUGGACCCUGAUCCAACCGUUUGAAGGAACUUGGUGGACGACAUCCGACCAAGCAAACCGCAAAAUGACGAGACGGAGGAUAGGCUGCCGGUGGAGAGUAUUGGAGAUAACUCCUAUAUUUAUCUAGAUAAUGAUGUAUUCAGUUGUGUGUGUCCUUAUCUACUUUAGACCUGAUAGUUGUAUAAAUACAGGGCUAUUGCCUUCAUAAUAGAACAACACA